AUGAUGAAAGUCACACAGAAUCAAAGCUUCAGCACGAACAAGAGAAAUCGAAUUCUCUUCCCAUUCCUUCAGUUUCCAAGCGAAUUGUGCUUGGUGAUUCAGUCUGUAACGUGGCGGGCACAGCUGACCACACAGGCAUCGUGGCAGACCACAAAGUGGAUAAGGACUUGUUUAGUAAAACUCCAGAGCUUGUCAGUGAGGGAACGAGCGAUCUCCGUCACCGAAACAGAGGGGAACUGUCAUCUGAAGCUGCACCACGGCCACCUCGACAUGGUUUAGAGCAGUACUUAUCCAGGUUUGAUGAAGCUCUGAAGCUGAGGAACCAGCUGAUGAAUGAGAAGCCAAGCCAAGAGAAUGGGAAUGCGGUGGAGGAGUUUGACUCUUUCCGCAUUUUUAGAUUGGUGGGAUGUGCUCUGCUUGCCCUCGCAGUCAGGGCUUUUGUGUGCAAGUACUUGUCCAUAUUUGCACCAUUUCUUACUCUACAACUUGCUUACAUGGGACUGUCCAAGUACUUUCCAAAGUGUGAGAAGAAGGUGAAAACAACAGUACUAACUGCUGCUCUGUUGCUGUCUGGAAUCCCGGCAGAAGUGAUUAGUCGCUCCAUGGACACCUACAGCAAAAUGGGAGACGUUUUCACAGACCUUUGCGUCUAUUUCUUUACUUUUAUCUUUUGUCAUGAACUCAUUUUGUUUUUUGGUUCUGAAGCACCCUGAUGGCUCUAAAAUUCAAGGCGGUAGUUACGCUAAAGCUCUCUGGAUUGUAUUCCUUCAACGUCUGACUGUGCAGACAGGUUUAAACAUUAAAAUUCUUAGCCGUUCAAAUGUUUGAAAGGAGCCUUAAAUCCAGUCAUUUUGGGAAAGGAAUUGCGGGGUCCCAGGCUCCCAGUUGUGUUCCAUUUAUUUAAAUAUUGUGUCUGCCUGUUACAAAUGUGAAGAGUAGGAUGCAAGUGUCAGUGGAUGAUUUCAGUUUAAUUAGAUGAUGCCCUUCUCAGCCUCCUUCACAAACAUUUACAAAGCUGCAUUUGUUCUCUUCAAUGAGAACAAAGAGAAUUCCUUUCAGCAGAACCAUAUAUAUAUAUAUAU